AAGGUCUUCUUUGUUCUGCUGUUUGUCAAGAUGAUCCCACACUACAUCAAUAAUGUUGAGGUCUGGACUCUGGGGUGACCAAUCCAUGACUUAAAGUGCUCCAUUGUCUGUGUUUGGGAUCAUUGUCAUACUGAAAAAUGAAGCUGUUACCAAUCAGACACUUUCUGUAUGGUAUUACAUCAAAUGGUGCUUUUUUUUGCAUCAAGAAUUCCAUCAAUUUUGACAGGAUCCUCAAAAUCAGCUUAAAUGCAACCCCGAACCACAACAGAGCAUCCAUGUUUUUCAGAUGGUUCAGGACACUGACGAUACUUCUGAGUUAUAUUUUACUGUAUUAUACCUGUUAAACUGUGUUAUCUUUGGUAUUUUUCAUGGCUUCAGCUAAAGAAUUGGAAAAAAAUGUUUCUUUAAUUUUUUUCCUGAUAGGUUGUUAGUAACAAAAUACCUAAAGAUACAACUUAAAUAUCAUACUUCAUAUGCAGACACAACACUAGUUUAUUCUUUGAGCUGAGUUACUCAAGGUUGCCUUAAAGCAUGACCAAAAAACCAAAAAAGUCUGGGGUGGCGCGAGGGGUUGCUCAAAAUGUUUGCACAGUGCUGUAUGAAACCCACAGUGUUGCAGAAAUGUAAUUUGACUCGAAGCCAAAAGAAAUGGUCAGGAAACUGCUAAAAAUAAAGACUCAGUUUGUUUGUCAUGUGCAUUUUGACAAUGCUGCCACCAGGCAUGUGGCAGUUGAGGGCUGGUUCAAUCUCACUUGCACCCUCUGAUCGAUUUAGUGUCAAUGCUGAAAGAAAAGAGAAGAAGUGGAAAUAAAGCUCUGGAAAUAAAGCUCAGGUGCCAUUUCACCGUGAUCCAAAGGGAGAACUGUCAUAGCUCCCUCCUGGAAGGUAUUUUGGAGCAAAUACAGCAACAUUUUUAAGCGUAUUGCAUUUCACUGCAAAUCCUAUACGUGCAGUUUUUAACCCUCAGCGAAUGAGCAGUGAAAAUAAAGAUAAUUUAUCUACUGUUUGCAAAACACUACACAAGUAACAGAAUAAUAUCACAAAAUAACAUCAGAAAAACAUAAUGGCUGUGAUAAGCUGACUUCAUGUGCCUCCUAGUUGAGUUAUGAAGGGCAUUUUGUUAAAAUCGCAAUGUUGAUCUGCAAACACUCUACAAACUUUAAUGUAAAACUUUAACAAGUACAGUAAUGUUUAAUUUUUUUUAAGGCAUCAUUAUUCAUUUCUAGUUCAUUCAUGGGAUUAACGUGUCCUUACUGUAGUUUUUGUUUUUGGUAACAGAUUUCGUACUAAGAGUGUCUGAGCCCAAACAGGAAGGGGAGAGCCCUCUGUGACUGCUUGCCUAAAUCUAAAGUCAAAGUGAAACAACAAGAAUAAAAACAUCUGUGUGCCAUGAAUGGAGACACGAUUUGCAAUCACCAUAAAUUUAAGAACAAUAAAUCCCAAAUUAUAAGAAUGGUUCUCGAAUCCAGAAACGGAGCUAAAAGGACGAGUAAAGUAACUUCAGACACGAUUAAAGGCGAGUUAGGCUUAUUUGACGCUAAACUUAAAGAGACUGCAGAAAGUCAGUGCUGUGUUUACAAAACAACAACCAAAAAAAAUCCAAAAGAUCUAAAAAUGUUAACCGAAAAGGAAGCAGACUACCUGAAGCAAAAAUUAAAAUGCCCAGAUUUUUAAAGAGGAAUAGAGUGGACUCGUUAAAAUGGAAAUAACUUUUAAGCUGACAGGAAAAAAAUGUUACAAACAGCAGCUCAGUUUCCUCUUUCGGCCAUUUCACAUCCUUUUUACCUUAGUUUACAGAACUACACAUUAACCACAGCCGUGCCUGAAGGAUAUUUUAAGUGGGCGAGCAUCAUUCUAAUUACAAGAUGCAACAAACAAACGCAGCGCUGCGCAAAUUAUUCCUCAUGAGAUAUCCGUCUGCAAAGGCGGAUCAACCUUUCAUGUAGUUAAAAGUCAAAUGAUACCUACACAGUCCCACUCAUUCUUCUCUGUCACAUCAUGUGUCAUUUUAGACUGUCAAAUCAUAGUGUGACAAUGCAACAACAAAAAAAAAUCUCUCUUCCCUCUCACAGCCUGCAUAUCAUCUGUGCAACUUCCUCAUUCGCUGACUUGUGCUCGACGUGACUUGAGAGCGUGCUCCUGAAACGAGAACGAAAACUGAAGGCCAAAACGCGCAUGCAUAAACACACAAAAACCAGACAAAGCAGAGGCAGAGCCACCGGUCUGUGCUUUCUCUUCCUGAUGCAGUAACGCAGCCUGGAGCCUGUGUGGACUUUUCCUCCACUUUUUUUCUUUUUUAAUUAACAGGUUACCUUGCUGAGUCGAUCAAGAGUGGGUAGGUCAGGUAGAAAGGCUGGUUGGACUCUGCUGCCAGCAUGCUCCGGCAGUCUCUGAGCAUCCUGAAGCAGUUGGGCACUGCGACAAGGUCACAAGAUGCUACCGACCUUCUACAUGAAGACCUGGUUAUGGUGGAGCAGAGGAUUGAACCAGCCAGGAAGGCAGCUCAGGUCCUCCAUAAAAAGCUGCAGAGCUGCAUGCAGAGUCAACCGGGGCUGGAGGCCGAAAAACGAAUGAAAAAACUUCCUCUGAUGCUUCUGUCUGUCAGCAUGGCAGAAAGUCUGAAAGACUUCGAUGCAGAGUCCUCAAUCAGGAGGGUGCUGGAAAUGUGCUGUUUCAUGGAGAAGAUGCUGGCCAACAUGCUGGCAGACUUUGAGAUGAAAGUGGAGAAGGAGGUCCUGGAGCCACUAAACAAGCUUAGCGAGGAUGAUUUACCUGAAAUUCUAAGGAACAAAAAGCAGUUUGCAAAGCUCACAACAGAUUGGAACAAUGCAAGAAUGAGGAGUCAGGCUAGCACUGGACCUCAGGCAAAGCAGGAUGGGCUUAGGGAAGAAAUGGAAGAAGCUUGGAGGAAGCUGGAGAGCAUCAAGGACCAGUACUCUGCAGACCUGUAUCACUUUGCAACUAAGGAGGAUGACUAUGCAAAUUACUUUAUUCGUCUUCUCGAGCUGCAGGCAGAAUACCACAAGAAUUCUCACAUGUUCCUGGAUAAAAACAUCAGUGAACUCAAAGAGGAUCACAGUCAAAAAGAGUCGUCACAAAGCCUCUCCAACCAGAAGGUCUACGGGGAGCCUCUGCUCUCACAUUUGUCUCAAAGCAACAGAGAAAUCGCGGCGCCCAUCCAGGAGUGUAUUCACAUGCUGCUGAGAACAGGCAUGAGAGAGGAGGGUCUGUUUCGCUUGGCCGCCGCAGCCUCGGUGAUGAAGAGGCUGAAGACGUGUCUGAAUCAAGGGACGGUGGACCACAGCGAGUUCAGCAUGGACCCUCACGCCGUGGCAGGAGCUUUGAAGUGUUACCUCCGAGAACUUCCCGAACCUCUAAUGACGUUUGACCUCUACAACGACUGGUUUAAAGCAGCAGGGGAGAAAGAGCUGUCAGAGAAGCUGGAACAACUCAAGAUACUUCUAAAGAAACUGCCACCUGAAAACUACAACAACCUCAGGUACCUGGUCCAGUUCCUGUCUCUGUUAUCUGAGCAGCAGGCUAUAAACAAAAUGACACCAAGUAACAUCGCCAUCGUCCUGGGACCAAACCUGCUCUGGCCGCGAGCUGAGGGGGAAGCUGCUCUCUUUGACAUGGCUUCAGCUUCUUCAGUCCAGGUGGUGACAGUCAUUGAGCCUCUUAUUCAGUACAGCUCUGAUCUCUUCCCCGAAGCUCUCUCGUUCGAGAUCCCAGAACUUCCCGAGGUCCUGGAUGCGUCUCUGCCCUCUCCCGUUGUCCCAGAAAAGGGGAAACUGAGCAGAACUGUUUCCUCCUCUUCCUCCACAGCCUCCUCGUCUGCAUAUCACUUCCCUCUUUCCAAGACAAACAGCACAGCCUCUCAGGACAGCGGCGUCUCCUUCCUGGUGAAAUCUGGCUCUGUGAGCGGCCGCAGUGGCACCUCCACGUGGGGCAGCCCUGAAGCGGAGACGGCAGCACCUGCUCAACCAAACAGGACGCCCAGCAGCUCAUCCUUGACCGAUCCCGGCCCGUCUCCGGCCUCUGACUCUACAGUCGCGUCCAGCUCAACAGCAAACCAGAACCCGACUCCGCUUCCCAGAGCAGCGGGAUCUGCGACAAACUCAGGCCAGGCCCGGAGUCCCACCCAGAGGCAGAUCUCAGAACAGAACCCGCUCGAGCCAAUUUUGGAAGCACCGCCAGAUUCUCCCAGGGCAUUAGUGAAGAUCGCGUCACCGUUUAAACCAAGGAGAACUUUCCCCCCGAGCAAGUCUAACCAGCCAAACGAGCAGGUCACGGUUCAGUUCUCCAAACCAAAACUGCCGCCACCUCUCAAGUCACAUGCCCCUCCACCCCCGAUCGCACCUGCGACGGUUCCAGACACUAGGCCCCAUCCGACGCCUGCACCCCGAGGACAGCAGGCCAGCAUGAAAAAGCCUCCUCCGAAAAAGCCUGGACUCAAAGCUCCAAACUGCCCUCCACCUCUUCCCCCACCAUCACAGGCAAAAGAGGUUCCUUCUAUGGCACAGUGAGAAACAAAUGUCCCUCAAAGUUCUGUUAUUGAGUCGAGCAGAACAGCCGCUGAAACACUUUCAUAUUUUGUCAUUAAAAAAAAAAAGACAAAGAGUGCUGGGUACGUUCAGAUUGUUCAGUAAGUUGAUUUUAAGUGUUGCAGAUUUUUUUUCCCGUAACCAGCCUAGUAAUUUUAUUUAUUCUGAUGGUUUUACGGUCAGAGAAAAAAAAAAUAGACGUAUGAUAAAUGAAUUCACAGCAAAAAUAUUUUCCUGUGGAAUUGUCCAUAAAUGUACAAAACAAUUGUAUUUGUGUAAGCUAUUUUAGUGUGGGAAAACUUUUUUUUCUCUGGUUUUGGCAUUUCACUUAUUAAACGAUACCCCACCCAUAAGCCGAUAGUGGCUGUGCUCACUUUGAACAGUCCUCGAAAAUUCAAACUUUUUACAGCAGUGUUUUGGGGUUUAUAGAGUGUGUCUGGAAUAUUCCUUUAAACCAACUUGAAAUGAAUGCACAACUCAUUAAAAACACCUUUAUUGUCAUUUUAUAUUUUUGUAGUAUAAUUGCUGGUACUGGCUGCAGCAUAUGGAUGUGAAUUGCACUAUGUACUUACUGCAGGUGCUCAUACUGUAUGUACAUAUUCAUAGGAGGUCAGCAGAUAUCUUCAUGUGCAGCUUUAUAAAGUAACAUAUGCAUGAUGUUUCCUCUAUU